UAAAGCUGUGAAAGGUUAGUCAUCAGGCAAAGCCACGUGCAAUUAAGCGCGGGUAAAUUCAAUCAGUCAACACCUUAAAAUAAACAGACAAAAACACAAAACGAUCCGAAAUUUAGUUUAAUUACAUUUUCCUUUUGAACAUUCAGAUUGGAAAUAAGCUAAAAACAAGGACCCACCUCACAAUCACACUCAAAAACGAUCUGAAAGAAAAAGAAUCAAGAAAUUAUGGGGAGGAUUGAGUAUCUGAAAAUGAAAACUGAGGAUGCAGCUGGUAUGAAAGGUGAUGAUAAUGGUAAAUUGAUUGAAUCUGAUUUCAAUGAACUCAAGGUUGCUGCUAAGAAACUUAUGAAUGACGCUACUAGACUUGGUGGCCUUGGCUUUGGUACUUCUUUUCUCAAAUGGGUUGCUUCUUUUGCUGCUAUAUAUUUGCUGAUACUGGAUCGGACAAACUGGAGAACAAACAUGCUGACUUCACUCUUAGUCCCUUACAUUUUCCUUAGUCUUCCUUCAGUGUUAUUUAACUUCUUUAGAGGUGAGGUUGGAAAAUGGAUUGCUUUCGUCGCUGUAGUGCUUAGACUUUUCUUUCCUCGACACUUCCCAGAUUGGCUGGAGAUGCCAGGAUCUUUGAUCCUACUACUGGUUGUGGCUCCCGGUUUCUUUGCACACACGUUGAAGGAGAGCUGGGUCGGUGUCGGGAUAUGCCUCGUCAUCGGUUGUUACCUAUUGCAAGAGCACAUCAGAGCAUCUGGUGGAUUCAGAAACUCAUUUACACAAAGCCAUGGAAUAUCAAACACUCUUGGUAUCAUUUUCCUCAUAGUUUAUCCAGUAUGGUCCCUACUGCUCCACGUCCUCUAAGCUUUUGUUGUUUAUAUCAACUUGGUGCGUCUCUACAAUGAGACUUUGAUCUGUGAUUUCAUGUUACAUUUAUAUCCAUUUCAUAGUGCUGUUCAUUUCAAAUGUCCAUUACAAUUCUGAGUAUCUAUCUUAAAACAGUUCUAACUAAAGUGAAAUAUUUUUUUAUGUUUUAAUUAAAUAUGUUUUUUAGGCAA